UCCUGCCUUUAACUCCGUCCGCGGCUAAGGAGGCGCACGGCCUAUGAGAGGGGCGGUGUGGGGCGGAGCCAAUGCGUACGGCGUGACGCCAUCCCGCUGCGACCGGCGCUAUCCAGGGCAGGUGGCUGCAUAGUAGUGGCUGAGGUGACCAAAGCCACAGUAAUGUCUGUAGUUCGUUCAUCCGUCCAUGCCAAAUGGAUUGUGGGGAAGGUAAUUGGGACAAAAAUGCAAAAGACUGCCAAAGUGAGAGUGACCAGGCUUGUUCUGGAUCCCUAUUUAUUAAAGUAUUUUAAUAAGCGGAAAACCUACUUUGCUCAUGAUGCCCUUCAGCAGUGCACUGUUGGGGAUAUUGUGCUUCUCAGAGCUUUACCUGUUCCACGAGCAAAGCAUGUGAAACAUGAACUGGCCGAGAUCGUUUUCAAAGUUGGAAAAGUCAUAGAUCCAGUGACAGGAAAGCCCUGUGCAGGAACUACCUACCUGGAGAGUCCGUUGAGUUCGGAAACCACCCAGCUAAGCAAAAAUCUGGAAGAACUCAAUAUCUCUUCAGCACAGUGAAGGGGGAGUGAAAGAAGGAGCUAAAGGGAAAAAUUGACAUGUUUAUGUUAUGGAAAAAGAAAUUUUUCUAAGUUUCAUCACAAACUGUGUCCAUUUUCUCUGUGGUGUUCGUGAAAUAGCUAAAAGCAAAUGAAGUAAAGGGCAUAUUAUGGUUUUUCA